AUGUUGGAUAUAAUUCAGUUCAUUGAGGAGAAAGGCGGUAAUCCACAGGCCAUUCGUGAAUCACAAAGGAAAAGAGGUGCGUCUGUUGAGAUUGUGGAUGAGAUCAUCAAAGAGUACAAUGACUGGACUAAGCUAAGAUUUACAUUGGAUGAGCUAAAUAAAACACAGAAUAAACUACAAAAAGAAAUCGGUCAGAAGUUUAAGGCUAAGCUAGAUGCAUCUGAACUCCUGCAGAAGAAAGAUGAUUUGGUUAAGGAAAAGGCCGAAAUUACAGCUAAAGAGCAGGAGGCAGAUAAGAAGUUACGUUGGAAAGUUUUCCAGGUCGGAAAUAUUGUCCACGAUUCUGUCAUUGAUUCGUUGGAUGAAGCAGACAAUAAGCUAGUCAGGACUUGGGCUCCCUCCGGCGUGAAUUUUGAAACACUAAGUAAUGUCGCGACAGCGACCGGAAAGCAAGCUAAGCUUUCCCACCAUGAAGUGUUGCUUAGACUAGAUGGGUACGACCCUGAAAGAGGUGUCAAGAUUGUGGGUCACAGAGGAUACUUUUUGAGAAAUUAUGGAGUUUUUCUGAACCAGGCCUUGAUCAAUUAUGGUUUGAGUUUCUUGACCUCUAAAAACUAUACUCCCAUGCAGGCGCCUGUAAUGAUGAACAAAGAUGUUAUGGCCAAGACUGCACAACUUUCUGAGUUUGAUGAAGAGCUUUACAAAGUUCUUGACGGAGAUGAUGAGAAGUAUUUGAUUGCAACUUCUGAACAGCCUAUCUCAGCUUAUCAUUCCAACGAAUGGUUUGAAAGUCCUGCUGAACAGCUUCCUAUUAGAUACGCAGGCUAUUCCUCUUGUUUCAGAAGGGAAGCAGGUUCUCACGGAAAAGAUGCCUGGGGUAUUUUCAGAGUUCAUGCUUUCGAAAAGGUUGAACAGUUUUGCAUCAGUGAGCCUGAAAAGUCAUGGGAUGAGUUUGACAGAAUGAUUCAGAAUUCUGAAGAGUUUUACCAGUCUUUGGGUCUGCCUUACAGAGUUGUUAGUAUCGUUUCAGGCGAGCUCAAUAAUGCUGCUGCAAAGAAGUAUGACCUCGAAGCCUGGUUCCCAUUCCAACAAGAGUUUAAGGAACUAGUUUCGUGCUCCAACUGCACUGACUACCAGUCAAGGAAUUUAGAAAUCAGAUGUGGUAUCAAGGCCAUGAAUCAGAAGGAGAAAAAAUAUGUUCAUUGCUUGAAUUGUACCUUAUGUGCCACUGAAAGAGCUCUUUGCUGUGUCUUGGAAAACUACCAGACUGAUGAUGGGCUGGUCGUUCCAAAAGUUCUCAGGAAGUAUAUUCCUGGAGAACCUGAAUUCAUUCCAUUUGUCAACGAACUCCCAAAAAAUUCAACCUCCGCUAAAAGAGGCAAAGGUUCCAAUUGA